UUGUUUCAUCGUUCAUCUCCGAAUAGAAAACCAAAAAAUGAUGCGAAACGUCGACGUCCACGUCAAAACCCUAACCCCUUCCGUCCGUACACUCCUCUCCUCGAUCUUCACCCCUAAGCACAAACCCCAAACCCUCUCCCUCCCCCUGCAAUUCUCCUCUCGCUUCUCCUCCUCCUCACACGCCUCCUCUCGUCUCUUCUCCAAUGCCAUAUCCUUCUCCAGCGCUCCGAUUCGCGGUUUUCACGGGAUACGAAGCUUCGAGUCCAUCGUCACAUUUAGGGCUUUCUCUACCUCUUCCCCUGCUUCGCUUCAGCAGAAUCAGAAUCAGCAGGAAGUUGAGGAGGGCGGUGAAAAGGUUCCGACUUUGGAGGUGGGUGAUGGGAAUUACGGAGGAUUAGAGGAGGAGACGAAGCUUUCUCUUCCUGUGAGAGCUUAUUUCUUCUCCACUAGUGUUGAUUUGAAAGGCUUAGUGGAGCAGAACAAGCACAACUUUAUCCCACCCACUUCGCGUAUGACUAACUAUGUUGUUCUUAAGUUUGGCAAUCAUACUGAUCCCACUGGAACUGGUGGUUGUAUAAGUGGGAGUGAGUGUAUUUACAUGGUGGUAUUCCAGUAUGGGUCGAUUGUCUUGUUUAAUGUACGGGAACAUGAGGUUGAUGAGUAUCUUAAAGUGGUGGAGAGGCAUUCUUCUGGUUUGCUCUCUGAGAUGAGAAAAGAUGAGUAUGAAGUAAGAGAGAAUCCAGAUCUGAACACCUGGAUGCAAGGAGGACUGGACUACAUCAUGUUGCAGUUCUUGAAUAUUGAUGGUAUCAGAACCAUUGGCAGUGUUCUUGGCCAGAGCAUAGCACUGGAUUACUAUGGCCGGCAGGUUGAUGGUAUGGUAGCAGAAUUUACUGACAUAAACCGUGGGAUGGAGAAAACCGGAACGUUUACAAUGGACAGGAAAAAGCUGUUUCAGUUGGUAGGAAAGGCUAAUUCUAAUCUGGCUGAUGUGAUUUUGAAGCUUGGUCUUUUUGAGAGGUCAGAUAUAGCUUGGAAGGACGCCAAGUAUGCUCAGAUAUGGGAGUAUCUUAGGGAUGAAUUUGAAUUGACACAGAGAUUUGCAAGCCUUGAUUUUAAGCUCAAGUUUGUCGAGCACAACAUUCGUUUCCUUCAGGAGAUACUUCAGAACAGGAAAUCAGAUUUUCUGGAGUGGCUAAUCAUUAUCCUGAUCAGUGCUGAAAUCGCCAUUUCGUUGUACGAUAUGGUCCGGAGAUCCUUGUGAUCACCCUCCUCUGCUAUUCUUAAAGCAUAUUCUUCCUUGUGGUGACAAGUAAACACACACUCUUUUGUUUUCACCUUGUAAAGUGAUAGGAAAAAGCUCAUAAAAUCAUAAUUGUAGGACUUGAGUUUCGUACUAUGCUUCUCCUUAUUCACUGCUUAUCUGCAGUCAAACAAAAGGUUUUUC